UAAUAGAUGAAUGGCGUGGGAACACAGACUAAAAAAAGUCAUGUAAAGUGGCGAUUUGAAAUAUGAUCAAUAUUCAACGUCAAAGAAAUACAAAAAAGUCAAACGAAUAGACAUUGAAUCCUGGAGAUAACCCAGUUGUAGAUCCGGGUUGGCUUCCCCUUCCCCACGGAACUUGUUGUUCAAAAAACCCACUUCAAGAAACGAAUGUGUUUAAAAACAUCCCCAGAAGGUGUUCUUCCUGUUUUGGCGGCUACAGACUCAACAACCGAAGCGUGUGGAAACAAGUCGAAUGGAUCCACCCUCCAAUGGUUUUAUCAAAAUAAGUUAGUAUUUUCAACUCUGUUUCGGUUAAUCAUUAGUAUUCAGCCACACAAAUGAACCCCAAGAACAUCUGCGCCUUCUCAUUUCUUCUUCUUCUUUCAUCUAUAUGCUUCGGCAAAGAUUCAAUCACAUCUGAAAGUUUCAUCAAAGACCCAGCAACCAUAACCUCAAAUGGCAGCUCCUUCCAGUUAGGGUUCUUCACACCACUUAAUUCCACCGCUCGAUAUGUCGGGAUUUGGUACAACCAAAUCCCCUUACAAACCAUUGUGUGGGUAGCAAAUGCAAACAACCCUCUCCACGAUUCUUCUGGGAUUUUCACUAUUUCCAAGGAUGGAAACCUUGUCGUCUCAAAUGGAAACCACACCGUCCUCUGGUCUUCAAAUGUUACUUCUCCAACAGCCAACACAACCGCUCGAAUCCUCGAUUCGGGCAACCUUGUUUUGGAAGAUCCUGCUUCUGGGUUGGUCAUAUGGGAGAGCUUCAAACAUCCUUCCAAUUCAUUCUUGCCUCCCAUGAAACUCAUCUCAAGCAAAAGAACCACCGAGAAGGUCGAGUUUACCUCAUGGAAGACCGCUUCCGAUCCAUCUACAGGUAACUUUUCUUUAGCCUUAGAUGUUCGGAGUAUCCCUGAAGCUGUCAUUUGGAAUGGCAAUAACCCAUAUUGGAGAUCUGGUCCAUGGAACGGUCUGACUUUCAUGGGAGUACCCGAAAUGAUCUCUGUUUAUCGCAUUGGGUUUAAUCUUGAGAAUGAAAACCAAACUUAUUAUUUCUCAAUUUCUUAUAAUAACGACAAUCAAUUACUCAAUACCAUGAUAUUAAGCCCGCAAGGCAAUCUAUUGCAAGAGUACUGGGAUCCGUCGGAGGAAAGCUGGGCGGCAGCUUGGUCGGCUCUUAGAACGCCGUGUGAUUACUACGGUGCUUGUGGGCCGUUCGGGAUAUGUAAUGCGAAUGCAUCUCCAAUUUGCAGCUGCUUAAGGGGGUUUAAGCCAAGGAACGCGGCGGAGUGGAGUCGAGGAAAUUGGAGUAAUGGGUGUGUGAGAAAUGCACCGUUGCAGUGUGAGAAGUCCACCAACGCCACCGGUGGUGUGGAAGAUGGGUUUUUUAAAGUGGAAUUGGUUAAAGUUCCAUUUUUGGCAGAGUGGUCCAAUUCCUCUUCUUCAGCUAAUGAAUGCAAACAAGAGUGCUUUGAGAAUUGCUUGUGUAGUGCUUAUGCAUAUGAAAAUGGUAUUGGUUGUAUGCUGUGGAGAAGCGACUUAGUUGAUGUACAGACGUUUGAAAGCAUUGGAGCUGAUCUUUAUGUUCGACUGGCGGAGGCAGAGUUAGACACAAUUAAUGAUGCAGAAAGCAAGACUGGAAUUAUUCUAGCCGCAGUUCUUCCAGCAACGCUUAUCAUCUUCUUCAUUGCCAUUUGCUUCUGGUGGAGAUGGAAGGCUAACAAAAGAGAUGAGUAUAGCAAAAAAGGAAAGAGAUUGAGGUUAAGAAGGGAUGACAUGAUUGAGGACAAAAUUAAACUUGAAGAACUGCCUGUUUAUGAGUUUGAGAAGCUGGCAACCGCAACAGACAGCUUUGAUCAACGUAAAAAGCUUGGACAAGGUGGGUUUGGUCCUGUAUAUAAGGGAGUAUUAUUAGAUGGACAAGAAAUAGCAAUAAAGAGGCUUUCAAGAGCUUCAAAUCAAGGGUAUGAAGAGUUCAUAAAUGAAGUGAUCGUGAUAUCAAAGCUACAACAUAGAAACCUCGUACAGCUUCUCGGCUGCUGCAUCGAAAGAGAAGAGAAGAUGCUUAUCUAUGAGUAUAUGCCCAACCUCAGUUUGGAUGCCUUCAUCUUUGACUCGAACAAACAAAAACUCUUGGAUUGGAGAAAACGAUUCCACAUUAUCGAUGGAAUUGCUCGAGGUCUUCUUUACCUUCAUAGAGAUUCGAGAUUAAGAAUCAUUCAUAGGGAUUUGAAGGCAAGUAAUAUAUUAUUAGACAAAGAUAUGAAUCCGAAAAUCUCGGACUUUGGUAUGGCAAGAAUUUUCGGUAGUAAUGAAGUGCAAGCCAAUACUAUAAGGGUCGUUGGAACUUAUGGAUAUAUGUCACCUGAGUAUGCAAUGCAAGGACAAUUUUCGGAGAAAUCAGAUGUUUUUAGUUUUGGAGUUUUAUUGCUUGAGAUCAUAAGUGGGAGACGGAACACGGGGUUCAACCGCCAUGAAUAUGCUUUAAGCUUAUUGGAGUUUGCAUGGAAGUUGUGGAUAGAAGACAAUCUUAUUGCUUUGAUUGAUCCAACAAUAUACGAACCGUGCUAUCAAUCAGAGAUUUUGAGGUGCAUCCAAGUUGGACUGUUAUGUGUUGAAGAAUCUAUAAACAAUAGACCAACUGUUCUUACCAUUAUUUCAAUGCUCAACAGUGAAAUUGUAGACCUUCCUACUCCAAAGCAACCUAGCUUUAUUGGUAGACCAGCUGGAAGUAAUGCAGACAUCUCUCAACAAUGUCUAAAUAAACAUUCUACAAAUAGUCUUACACUUACCUCAAUUAUAGGUAGAUGAUAUUGUAAUCACAAUUAUAAACUUGUUUUUUAAUUC